UUUUUGACGUCUCCCAAAAGUUGGUCGAUCGUGACUGAAAGGCACCCCCGCCCAUUUUCCUUCCCGUCGUCGUCGUCGUCGUCGUCGUUGGUUCUUCCAACUGGCUUCGCAGUUGCGUUCAUAGGCGCCUAAGACGUUUAUUUUUCUCGUCGCGUCACUACCAGUUCAAAGGUUUGGCCUUUCCGAGUUGGGAACGGGACGCGUUGUGGUCUAAAAGCCCGUCCAAAGCGUUCCCAACGUAUUUUGAUUUGGAGUAAAAAACGAUACAAAAAGUCCGUUCGAACAGACAGAGAUUUAAAGCAAACGAGGCUCUUGGUCCACAGUUCUUCUCAAAGUGUGUGAUUCGGGCGAUGCAAAUGAUUGACAUUUCCGCCUUCCUUUUGUUAUAGAUAUCGAGAGAGGAGGCCCUUUUUUUUCCUGUCAACCUGUCUAUACACAGGCUUCUCAAGUCAAGCAACACAAUUAGGUUUUUGACUUUUUGGCUGGUUGGUGGGAGUGAUGCAAUCGAUACCAGGGGAGUUGGGAGGAGAAAAUGUCUUUGGCUCUUUUGGUCUAUCCCAGUCGUCGCUUCUUGUUCGUCGCCAGAAACGCAGCAUCUCAGAAUUGGAGGAGAGGGAGAAAUAUCUGAAUAAUCGGGAGCAGCAAAGUAUGGUAGCGGUAAAGCAUGCAGUACAGAGUCCAUCACCAUACUAUGGACUAUAUUCGGGUACAGGCUUUGAUAUGCUGGGCAUUCUUGCCCGUGUUGCAACCCGCCCAAAUCCCAUCAUCAACCUUGGUCCCAUUGACAUGAGCUCCAGUUUCAUUGUGACGGAUGCAUUAAGGGAGGAUUUGCCAAUUAUCUAUGCGAGCCCCACGUUUGAACUGUUGACUGGAUACACGUCGACGGAAAUCAUGGGCAGAAACUGCCGUUUUCUACAGUCCCCAGAUGGCCGCGUCGAGAGGGGCGCUUUACGACAGUUUGUGGACAACAACGUCGUGUAUCAGCUGAAGAAAUGUGUGGAUAGAAGAAUGGAAUGCCAGUACAUCAACAUAAAUUACAAAAAAGGCGGAGAGCCUUUCGUCAAUCUUAUCACAAUCAUACCCAUUUCGUACAAUGCGAAUGGAGAUCCGUCCUUGUUUGUCGGCUUUCAAGUUGAUCUUAUGAAGCAGUCCGGCGCCAUUUUGAGGACACUGGAAGAUCACAGUUAUGUUAUCGACUUUAGUAGCAGUCCGGACACCUUGACACGUCCUAGCUCGGACAUUUCUCCACGUCUUGUCACAGCGUCGUCAACACCAAACGCCUGCUUUUCAACAGCUUCCCCCUCCGACUAUUGCCCCUCACCAGAUGCUUGCGAUCCUCAUACCUUUGCUUUUAGUCCCGGAAAUGCACCUAGUAUUAACAUUGAGGCCUGCAUGAUGGAUGAAAGCAUCAUGGACAAAUUCCUGGAUCCAGAUGAUCCUAGUCUCUUAUCUCUCACGGAACCUCCCCAGGACAACAUUAGCAUACCAUCACCAGUCGAAACCCAUCAUAACCCUUACAUUGAGCGUCCCAUCCCCGCAGUCUCAUCCGCUGCGGAUGCAAUUGAUCCCGGGUUCAUAUCCCACUACAGUCUUGUGCAAAACGCGCCAGAUUUCAUUCACAUCCUUUCCUCACGCGGUAUCAUCCUCUUUGCCUCACCCACAGCAUGUCAAGAAAUAUUGGAAUACGAAGCUGGAGAGCUGAUUGGUCGAAAUAUAUCACAGUUUUGCCAUGCUGGGGAUCUCAUUUCGCUGAUGCGAGAGUUGAAAUGCGCUGGUCUGAAUGAUUCGGUAUCAGCAGUAUAUCGAUUCCGGAGAAAGCAGUCAGGAUACGUGUGGUUGGAGAUUAAAGGACACAAGUACGAGAUGGCGAAUAGGAAGAGGACAAAAUGCUUUAUUCUGAGCGGACGGCAGCGAUGGAUGGGAUCGCUAGAUCAAAGCGAGCUUAUCAAACCAAUCAUGGCGUCUCCACCUGGUCAAGACAGUGACCUUUGGGGAAAGUUGACUCCUAACGGCUUUUUCAUCUACCUAAGUCGCACUUCCGCUCCCAUCCUUGGUACCUCCAUACAAUCCCUCUACGGUCAGUCUAUAUUGGACUAUAUUUACGAAGGCGAUCGGCCUCGCGUCGUUCAAAAGCUGUACCAACAAUCCACCUUGCCUGUCGUCGGCGAAGGAACAGAGGUGAGGUGCUCCGUGGACAACAACGGGCGGUUCAUGCCCGCAGUAGUGGCGAUAUACCCAGGCGCAAGAAGGGACGAGUGCGAGGCGGAGUUUCUUUUCGUGCGAGUGACUUUGGCGAGUCGAGGCCAUGCAAGUUCACGUGGAUGUGCAUUUGGGGGCAUCGCGCCGCCGCUUGGAGAGCGGGCUUGUGGGCCUUUUGGGGGAGAUCUUGGGUUCCUGCUAGACGACGAUAUGAGCGCAGAUAUCUUUGCGUCAGUCGGCGUGGAUCAAUCCACGAGCUUGCAGUAUGAGUUGAAUCAACUGCGAAUGAGCAAUAAACGAUUGCAGGAGGAGCUGGACAUUUUGCAAGGGCUAACAGGGCCUUCGGUUCAUAGGCAAUGGCAACAGCUGGACUUGAGUGUGUAGAUUUUUUUUUUUUUUUGUUUUUUGUAUAUUUAGUUUGGAUAUAAUAUUAUCGCUUUUGUUUUUCUGCUUCAAUAUGAACAGUUCAUGC